AACACGGUAUACAGAUAUUAAAGGUGCGAAUUUAUCCCAACUGAGCAAGCCACUGAGUGGCGACAGUGGCAAGGCUUCAGAUAGCCUGCAUCUUUUGAUCUAAGUAGGCGUGGCGGAUCAUAGAAAACCAAAAGGUCGCUUAGAUACCGUGGCGCGAGACCGUUUAGCGCUUUAUAGGUUAAUAAUAGUAUUUUAUAAUCAGUGUGAGAUUUCACUGGGAGCCAAUGCGGUGUGGAUAAGAUCGGGGUGAUGUGGUCGUGUCUUCUGGUUCUAGUUAGGACUCUAGCAGCUGCAUUCUGGACUAACUGGAGUUUGUUUAUGCUCCUACUGGAACAUCCAGACAGUAAGGCAUUACAGUAAUCUAAUCUAGAGGUGACGAAAGCAUGAACUAAUAUUUCUGAGAUGAAAGAAGACUAUCCUAGUAAUAUUAUCUACAUGAGCAUCAAAUGAUAGACUGGAGUCAAUAAUCACUCCAAGGUCUUUUACUGCUGCACAUGAUGAAACAGAAAGUCCAUCCAGAGUUACUGUGAGAUCAGAAAGAUUACUUCUAGCUACACGUGGUCCUAGUACAAGUUGAGGGUAUGCUAACCCUCUGAAUCUCUCGCUCUCUCCCUCUCUCUCACACACACACACAAAUGUAAGUGAUCCUAAGAGAUUGUCUAUAGUUCAGUAGACUCUCCUUCCAUGCUGUUUGAAAUAUCACCAGUUUGGUUUGACGCCAUUUACGUUGUAAUUGUCGAGUGGUCUGUUUUAAGGUACACGUUUGAUCGUUAUACCAGGGUGCUAGCUUUUUCUCUGUAAUUAAUUUUCUUUUGAGUGGAGCCACUCUAUCUAGCGUGUAGUGGAGUGUUGACUCUAAGCAUUCAGUCGCCUGAUCGAGUUCUAUCGAUUUAUCGUUCUAUCGAGUUCUAUCUAUCUAUCUAUCUAAUCAGCAUGGUAUCUGUCUGUCUGUCUGUGUAUCUAUCUAUCUAUAGUCGAGUCGAUGCAGAGUUGAAUCGUUUUAUCGCUGUACUCGUGUUCGCUCGGAAGCGGACCAAAGUCGCCUCGGGCCUGAGUGUGAUCGCUGAAUCGUUUUAUCGCUGCACCGAGGGAAAAGAACACACCCGCCUGUUUUAGGUGAAAGCAUCCUAAAGCAGAAAGUAUGCUUCACUUUUUACGCGUUCGUUAGGAACAGUGUACUGUAUGCGCGCCGCCUGAUUUUUCUAACCGGGUCGCACAUGCGCAUUUCAUUCUUACGCACUAUUUAGUUGUUCCACAAGGUGGCAGCAGUGACCCAGGACCGCUGAUUCUCAAGGUAGUAGAAAAAACGGAAUAAACGGAAACGAGUGCAGGUCAGAAAGGACCCACAUUUGUAUAAUUCUAGCCUUAACGUGUUCGUAAGGAUUCGUAUACGGGUGCUAAUCGUGGCGAGAAAUUCCCCAAGCAUUGUUCUAAGUGUUGUUGUGAUUCUUCUUCGUUGCCGUCCUUCACACCAAAAGACUCGUGCUUUACUGCUCUGUACUGACUCCUGUAGACCAGGAGGGGUAGUGCAAGUUGUGGUAAUGCGUAUGCGUCGACCGCCUGUGUACGCGUACAGUACGUGUCAAAUGUUGUAUACUUUGAAAGGCUGCGCGCACACGCUAGCAUACGUGUUAAAAAAAAAAACAAAAAAACCCCCGAAGUAUACCAGAGCCUUAAAACGUCAACUAUAUUGCCUCUGUAAUUUACUGCUCACAGUAUGUAUUUUUACUCCCUUGAACUAAUAUAGAUUGCAUUUGGUCUGUUUCUUUUAAGCUGAAAUAUUGUACAUACUGCAGCGUUAAACGUAAUUUUCUAGCAAAAGCGCUAGAACGCGAUUUUAUAACAGAGCGGUACAUGUAUGUCCCUUCACAGGACCCGUAUUUGUGCGUCUUUAGAAGGCUUCCGGGCGGAAACAGCUACUGGAAGCAAGGCUACACGCUAAAGAGGUCGUAGUAAACACACACCGGAUUGAUGCACUGAUUAUAUUUAUUAAGUUAUUUAGAAGUGUAAGAAGAGGUUCUUCCUACAUGCUGCUGUGCCGGGUUUCCGCUUUAGCGAGGCGGGGACUGGGUGCGCAGAGAGUCGCCGCGCUCCGGCCCGCUCUCUCCUUCAGUUCCGCCGGGGACGCAACGGCCUCUCCCGGGGCUGGAGCUCAGACUCCCGGGGAAUACCGACACACCGUGCAGCUCCCCCGCACAGACUUCCCCAUGAAGCUCAGCGGGCAGAAACUGCUGGAUCUCGAGCUGAAGAUACAACAGGAGUGUGGUUUUGACCAGCUGUACACGUGGCAGAGACUGAGAAAAGCCAAGAAGGAGUUUUGCCUCCACGACGGACCGCCCUACGCCAACGGAGACGCCCACGUCGGCCACGCCCUCAACAAGAUCCUGAAAGAUAUCCGCAACCGGUUCGAGAUGCUGCGAGGGAGGAAAGUGAGCUACGUACCCGGCUGGGACUGCCACGGUCUUCCCAUCGAGCUCAAAGCCCUGGGAGAACUCGACGCCACACACCUGAGUCCUCUCCAGAUCAGACAGAAAGCUCGGGAGUUUGCGGAAUCGGCGGUCGCGAGUCAGCGUGCGGCGUUCGAGCGCUGGGGCGUCAUGGCCGACUGGGAGAACUGUUACUACACGUUUAACGGGCCGUACGAGGCGGCGCAGCUGCGCGUCUUCCAGGACAUGCACGGCAAGGGUUUGAUUUAUCAGGACUAUAAACCCGUCUUCUGGUCUCCGUCAUCCAGGACAGCGUUAGCAGAAGCAGAGCUGGAGUAUAACUCCGAGCACGUGAGCACGGCAGUGUACGCUACGUUCCCUGUAAACACAUUCCCGCCUAAACUAGCGACGAGCUUAGGGGAGUUGGGUAAAGUGUGUGUGCUUGUGUGGACAACACAACCGUGGACGAUUCCAGCCAACCAGGCAGUGUGCUUCAUGCCCAAGGCACAGUACUCUUUAGUGAAGAGAAGUGAUAACGAGCAGCUCCUCCUGGUGGCCACUGAGCGCAUUGCAAACCUCAGCACUGUACUGAGCACCGAACUACAAAACCUGGCCACAUUCACAGGCGCUGAUCUGGAGGGCGGAGUCUGCCAACAUCCCACAAUUCCCGGAAAGGAGGUGCCCCUCUUGCCAGCCAAUCAUGUGACCAUGGCUAAAGGAACCGGAUUGGUCCAUACAGCUCCUGCUCACGGCAUGGAGGACUACAGCGUGGCCUCUCACUUUAACCUGCCUGUGGAGUGCAUGGUGGAUGAGGAGGGCAGGUUUACAGAGGCGGCCGGGGCUGACCUACAGGGGCAGAGUGUGCUGGAGGAGGGAACCUCGACAGUGAUCUCGAUGCUGCAUGCUGCUGGAGCGUUGCUGAAGGAGGAGUCGUGUGUACACAGUUACCCGUACGACUGGCGCAGUAAGAAGCCGGUGCUGAUCCGAGCCAGCAAGCAGUGGUUCAUAAACACGGCCGGCCUGAAAAACGCGGCUAAGGAGGCGCUGCAGAAGGUGCGCGUGAUGCCCGAGUCAGCCCGGGCGAGUCUCUUGGCGAUGCUGGACAGACGGACGUACUGGUGUAUCUCGCGUCAGAGGAGCUGGGGCGUCCCCAUCCCCGUCUUCUACCACAAGCAGACCGGAGAACCUCUCGUCAACAAGCACACGGUGGCUCACGUCGCCAGCGUGUUCGCAGAGAAAGGAAGCGACAGCUGGUGGGUGGAGCCUCUGGAAACGCUACUCCCUCCCGACGUACUGAAGAAGAGCAAAGCCGGAGCCGUGACAGAUUACGUGCGAGGUGAGGACGUGUUGGACAUCUGGUUUGACAGCGGGACGUCCUGGGCUGCUGUGCUACAGGACGCGGACCCGAGGGCGGACGUGUACGUAGAAGGGAAGGAUCAGAUCGGCGGCUGGUUCCAGUCGUCUCUACUAACUAGCGUGGCUGUGCGCAACAAAGCACCUUAUAGGGCGUUGGUGGUCCAUGGAUUUGUACUCAGUGAGAAAGGAGAGAAAAUGUCCAAGUCCCUGGGAAACGUCAUCGACCCCAACGUUGUCAUUAAUGGAGGAACGGAUUCGGCCCUUUCUCCUCCGUACGGUGCAGAUGUGUUGAGGUGGUGGGUCGCAGAGUCCAACGUUUUCUCUGAGGUCCAGAUCGGACCCAAAGCACUGAACGCAGCCAGGGAGAACAUCAACAAGCUGAGGAACACUCUGAGGUUCUUGCUGGGGAACCUGCAGGGGUUUGACCCUCGCAGUCACGCUGUGGACUCCAAAGACAUGCACUACAUCGACCAGUACUUACUGCACCUGCUCCGAGAGUACAGCAUCAAGGUAACCGACGCCUACAGCGAGUUUGACUGCGGUCGAGUGAUUCGCCUUCUGCAGGCCUUCAUCACCCGAGACCUGAGCAGCUUCUACUUCAGCAUCAUCAAAGACAGGCUGUACUGUGACGCGGAGAACUCGUUGGGCAGGAGGUCGUGUCAGACGGUUCUCGAGGAGAUUUUAGAUGGCGUGACGCGCUCCAUCGCUCCUAUCCUGCCUCACCUGGCGGAGGAGGUGUACCAGCAUGCACCAGGGCACGACGAAGGCGAGACUCUGUUCCGGAGCGGCUGGAUUAAAAGCAGCUCUGUGUGGAGGAAACCCGGGUUGGAGGAGGCUGUCGAGGGGGCGUGUGCUAUCAGAGACUCCUUCCUGUCCUCCAUCCCAGGAUGCAAUGCGGCCGAGUACGACCUGACCAUCGCAAUCGAGCCCGGCCUCUUCUUCGAGCUCAUGGAGUCCCUGCAGGAGGAACCCACGUCGACGUGUUCCCAGCUGACGGAGCUGAUGAUGGCGUCGCGCACCACGCUGACCGACGCUCUGCCGCGAGACCUGCCGUCUAACGCCAUCAUCAGCAACGGGAGCUUCCUCAUCAACCUGGAGGGUGGCGUUAUCCGUGAAGAGAGCGCGUACGCCGUAGCCGCAGUUCCCAUCUCUCUGUCCCGCUGCCCUCGGUGUCGCCGCUACACCUCGGACACGCCCGACUGCCUGUGCUCGCGGUGCCAAACCGUCAUCGGGAACGCCCCAUAAAACCUAAGACUGCUUCACAAUCCCAGCUCCGCCCAAUCUAUAAGAAACCACAGAACGCUCAUUACCUGUACCUCCUGAGGCCGACCGGAACUUGAACGCAGCGCGUGUUUGCGUAAAGCAGUGGUUUGUUUUGUUAGCGCCCUCUGGGUCUCGGGAGGAGAAAUGGCAAUUGUAAUGCCCCAGAACUGACCACGCCCACUCUAGCACUAAAGCUACUCCAGCACUAAAGCUACUCCUUUCCUGGGUCAAAAAAACAAGGGCACUGAGUACUUCUGCAGGCCUGAUGUGUGUAUAUUGUUUGUUUGUGCAUGUAUGAGAGGCAGAAGGAUAAUGCAAGUUUAAAAAAAAAAAAGGACUUUUAUUUUUGUUGUUAUUAUAUCUAAAUAUAUGGGGUUUAUUAAGCGUGGACGGAGAAAGUGAUCUUUAACCUCGAGAGUGCUUUCGUUCUUCUGACUGUUCAUCUGUAAAUGACAAACUGCUUUGUACUGAACGACCACUUUUCCUUCACACACAAAUCGAACGAAAUAAAAAGGCAAAAAAAGC